GACGUCAGCGUGACUCUUUAACGCAUGUGAGCAGCUGGCAAGCCCAAGACUUUUCACAUACGGAUAGGUCAUCUGUGAAACCGGACCUCAUCAGCUCGAAAGUUGCUCUGUAUCUGAUAGUCAGGUAAGCCAUGCCAUCAGAACCAUCUAGUUCAGAGUCAGUUGGGACUGGUCCCGUCUGGCCACAUGCUGCCAAAGUCCUCACAAAUGCUGCAAAUGGAGAACCUGGCAUCAGCGGGGACGCAAAGCUGAAAACUGAUGCCGUUUUGAAUGGAAGGGCUGGACACAAGCUAAGUGUAAAUAACACAGACCAUGUGAAUGAAAGAAACGGUCACCAUAUGAAUGUAGAGCACACUGAGAAUGGAUCAGAAGGCAGCAUGGAGAGGAAAUGGAUUCGACCAGAUCUGCCCAGCAGAUGCACCUGGAAACUUGAUGAGCCAAAUACAGAGUCGCCCCACAAGCACUUCCAACGAACAAAAGCACCCAGUAUCCUCCCCAACAUUUUAAGCAUGAUUGGAGAGACCCCACUGGUCCGCAUGAACAAGAUUCCUAAAGCAUUUGGCCUCAAGUGUGAGCUUUUGGGUAAAUGUGAGUUCUUCAACGCCGGUGGCAGCGUGAAGGACAGAAUCAGUCUGCGUAUGGUAGAGGACGCUGAGAGAGACGGCAUCCUUAAACCUGGAGACACCAUCGUCGAGCCCACGUCAGGAAACACAGGUAUCGGACUUGCUCUAGCAGCGGCAGUCAAAGGUUAUCGUUGCAUCAUUGUCAUGCCUGAGAAGAUGAGCAGGGAAAAGGUGGAUGUGCUCCGUGCUCUCGGAGCCGAGAUCGUUCGCACCCCUACCUCAGCCCGGUUUGACUCUCCCGAGUCUCAUGUGGGGGUGGCUUGGCGUUUGAAGAACGAGAUUCCUAAUAGUCACAUUCUGGACCAGUACCGCAAUCCCAGCAACCCCCUAGCCCACUAUGACACCACUGCGGAGGAGAUUCUGGAGCAGUGUGACGGUAAAAUAGACAUGCUGGUGGCUGGAGCUGGCACUGGUGGCACCAUCACCGGCGUCGCUCGCAAGCUGAAGGAGAAAUGCCCUAAUAUCAAGAUAGUUGGAGUGGAUCCUGAGGGCUCUAUCCUUGCUGAUCCAGAGGCCCUGAAUCAGAAUGAUAUGACUCAAUAUGAGGUUGAGGGCAUUGGAUAUGACUUCAUCCCCACUGUUAUGGACAGAUCUGUGGUGGAUAGCUGGUACAAGUCCAGUGAUGAAGAGUCCUUUGCCAUGUCUCGUAUGCUCAUCAGAGAGGAGGGUCUUCUGUGCGGUGGUAGUUCAGGGACAGCCAUGGCUGCAGCAGUGCAUAUAGCCAAAGAGCUGAAGGAAGGCCAGCGCUGUGUGGUGAUCCUCCCCGAUUCCAUCCGCAACUACAUGUCUAAAUUUCUUAGCGACAAGUGGAUGUGUGAAAAGGGCUUCCUGAGUGAGGAGGAUCUUGUUGUCAGCAAGCCAUGGUGGUGGAAUCUGACUCUGCAGGAGCUCAGACUCUCCGCCCCACUGACUGUGCUGCCUUCAGUGUCCAUCAAGAAGACUAUUCAGAUCCUGAAAGAGAAGGCUUUUGACCAAGCCCCUGUGGUGGACGAGGCCGGGCAGAUUCUGGGCAUGGUCACGCUGGGGAACAUGCUCUCGUCCGUUCUGGCUGGGAGAGUCAGACCAUCCGAUCCCAUAAACAAAGUUCUCUACAAACAGUUUAAACAGGUGCGUCUAACUGAUAACCUGGGCAAACUCUCACGUAUCCUUGAGACGGACCAUUUCGCCCUUGUUGUGCAUGAACAGAUUCAGUUGGGUGGUGUCCACAGUCUGAACUGCAGUUCCUGUCUUACAGACAUGAGCGAUGGAUCCCCCAAGAUGAGGCAGAUGGUGUUUGGGGUGGUGACAGCCAUUGACCUGCUGAACCACGUGGCCACUCGUGCGAGGAGGGAACGCUCGCUGUCCGAGUGCUCGCUCUCAGAAGAGCAGUGAACAACCAAGAACACAAGAGUUUCGUUCUCUUUAUUUCCCUGCAAGUCUUAUGCUCAACUUUAAAGAAGAAUAAGAGGCAGUCAAUAUAGUUUUACAUGUCAUCUGACAGAUUUGUACUCCGUUUACCGCAUCACGUUCUUCUUUAAUCUCUCUUUAUUUUACAUUUUAGCUGCUUUGUUAGCCAUAAUGAAAUAAUUUAACAGGUCAGUUAACCUCCCACCUUUUGCAGAUUUGUUUACUUUGCAGAUUUGGUUUCAUUAAGGUGUAUAUAUUUGAAUGAAUAUUUUUUUAUUCCUUCAAAAAAAAAAAGAACUGUAAUAAGGUUGUUUGUGUAUAGUUAAUGUGAAGUGAAUGAAUGUGUGAGGUGUUAGUUUGCUCUCUCGUUUAUGGUUUCUGUGCAAGCAGCUGGAGUCUCUGGCUCAGAAUGGCUUUGCUGUAUGUCAUUUGAUUUGAUUUUUCUUUAAUAUUAUCGCUGUAAUACGUAGUAGUUACAAAUAAAGGCUUUAUUUCUGGAUGGAA